AUGGCCGAGUCAUUUGAACAGUGUAGAGCCCCUGAACAAUUCGAAUUCAAGGGUAACAAUCUCCCAGCAAACUGGAAGUUGUGGAAGCAAAAAUAUCAUAUUUACAUAUUGGCUAGUGGGAAGUCAACUAAACCAGACAGCAUAAAAAUAGCAGUACUAUUAAACUAUUUAGGAGAUGAGGGCAUCCGUAUCUAUAAUACCUUUGAGUAUGAAGAAGGAGAAGACAAAAACAAAUUGUCAGUAGUAUUGGAAAAGUUUGAUCAAUACUGUGAGCCACUUAAAAAUCAGGUAUUUGAGCACUACAAAUUUUUCAAACGAAACCAGUUACAGGGUGAAACAAUAGAACAAUUUGUCAUGUCAUUGAAAGAGUUAGCAAAUUCAUGUGAUUUUAAAAAAAAAGAUGUAUUGAUACGGGAUAGGAUUGUCCUUGGAGUUAUAGAUGAAAGAAUACAGGAGAAAUUAUUACAAAAGCCAGAUCUUAGUUUAGCUGAAGCUAUAAACAUAUCAGGUCAAUGGAAUCAAGUGUUUUAA